AUGACCAGCGCAUCAAAUCAGUCUGAUUCUCGAUUCGCCGAAGGUCGCAAGCAUUCGAUCUCGACAUCCGGUUAUAUCGUGCCAGAUGUGCGCAAUCCUCGCAUCGACACCUUGAUGAAUUCUCAAGGUCAGCCCAUCCCUGCGAACCCUUCAGCAUUCGAUACAUCAUCGCCCGGAUCUCUCGAGUUUAAUUUCCCUUUUGCUGGAAGUCCGCAUGGCAGCAGCAACAGCGGCAUAGACGUCCCGCCGGAUUUUCGCAGCAACAACACUCAAGGAUUUGCGAACCGAGGUACAGUCCAGUACCCUCCUGGGAGAGUUCCGAGUCCACAACAUCGUGCCAGUCUGGCGAGUAUCGAUUCUGCUUUCGAUCAUGACCUGUUUGGCUCGGCGGCGUUAAAUCAAUGGACCUCAACCGGCGCGCCUAAUCAAGCUGUAGAUAAUGCAGAUGAUUCGCCCGCAAAAGCCGCCAGCACCGUAGACCAGGACAGGAAAACGGAAAAGGACGACGAAAAGCCACCAGCAUGGAGUGAAUUGAAGACCAAGGCCGGAAAGGAAAGGAAACGUCUUCCACUGGCAUGCAUAGCAUGUCGGCGAAAGAAAAUCAAAUGUUCAGGCGAAAAGCCUGCUUGUAAGCAUUGUCUGAGAGCCAGAAUCCCUUGCGUGUACAAAGUCACUACGAGGAAAGCCGCCCCCAGGACGGACUACAUGGCUAUGCUCGACAAGAGGCUAAAGCGUAUGGAGGAUCGGGUUAUUCGAGUCAUUCCCAAGGACGAAUUGCCAGACUUCAAUGCCACUGGGCGUGCAACGGUCCGUCCUCCGCUCCCUGGAAAUGGCCCCAAGAAAGACAAGGAUCAGCCGAAGAAACGCUCCGCCGAUGAAGCAUUUACGCAGGAAUUGAACGACUGGAGGAACCCCAAAGAGAAGACCACCCUCCUCGACCCUACGGCCGGUCUGAGGAAGCAACGAGAAGGAGAAAACAAGCUGUUUAUCGAGGGUUCCGAGUCCCUGCCACCACAACACAUUCAAGAACAUCUCGCCGAGGUCUUUUUCGACUGUGUCUACGGCCAGUCUUAUCUCCUCCUUCACAAACCCAGCUUCAUGCGGAAAUUGAAAGCUGGCACUAUACCCCCCGUACUGAUCCUCGCCGUGUGCGCCAUCUCCGCCCGUUUCUCGACCCAUCCCCAGGUCAGCACCGAACCGGCCUUUCUCCGCGGCGAGCAGUGGGCCACACCGGCCCGUCGCAUCGUCGAGAAACGUCACUACGAACCCAACAUCACCAUAUUGACCGCCAUGCUCAUGCUCGGCCUCCAUUACUUCGGGACGUGCGAGGGUGGUCUGUCGUGGUCCUUCGGUGGCCAAGCCAUGCGGAUGGGCUACGCCCUCCAGCUCCAUCGGGAGCUCGACCACGAUCCGUUGGGUAGAAAUCAAAUCGCAAACGACUCCAACAAGAAAAGCCCCAAACCUCCCGAAUUGUCAUUUACGGAUCGCGAAAUUCGACGCCGCACCAUGUGGGCAUGCUACCUCAUGGACACGUUCAACUCAUCCGGCACCGAACGCCCGUCGUUCUUGAACGAAGAUUACUACCAGAUCCAGCUCCCCAUCAAAGAGUCUCAUUUCCAGAUGGAAGUGCCUGGCCCGACCGAAGACCUGUACGGGAACGUGCCCAUGUCGUCGACAUUCUCCUCCUCUUCGUCCUCCACGACCAAUCCCCAUAAUGCCAACCGACAGCGCCAGCAACAACAACAACAACAAUCAUCCACCACCACCACCAACACCACCUCCGACUCCAGAACAACCUCGACAGCUGCUGGUACUCUCGACACCACGGCGGCUAACGCCGCCGCCGACAUGGCCGCCGAAGCCAAAGCCAACAUGGGCGUGUCGGCGUACAUUGUCCGCGGCGUGGUCCUGUGGAAACGGAUCGUCAAAUACCUCAACCUGGGAGGCAAGGACAAGGACCCCCACCCCAUCUGGGAUACGCUCUCGCAGUUCGCGACGCUGCAGAGGCAAAUCACGCAGCUCAAGUCCAGUCUUCCUCCGGACCUGACGUACACGCCUGACAACCUGGCCGCUCACGCGUCGGAACGGCUGGCGAACCAGUUUUUGUUUUUGCACAUCGUGUUGGCGCAGACGAGUUUGUUCCUGCACCGGUUCGCCAUCCCCACGGUCCCUUCCCCGUCGCGGCGCCCUCACCACGCCGCCUACACGGCUGCCGGGAUGCCCCGGGCCUUUUUGAGCAACAGCGCCAACACGGUCGUCGAGUCGGCGAGCCUCAUUUCGAAAAUCAUCGCCGACUCGGCCGGUCACACCCUCACCGUCCCCUUUGCCGGGUACUGCGCCUACGCCGCCGCCACCGUCCACGUCUGGGGGAUUUUCAGCAAGAACCCGACCCUGGAGGCCACGUCCAAGGAGAACCUGCGUCACAACUACAAGUACCUCACCCGAAUGAAGCGCUACUGGGGAAUGUUUCACUACAUGGCCGAGAGCGUCAAGGACAACUAUCGGGCCUUUGCCGACGCCGCCAUCAGGGGAGUCGGAGGUCAACCGUCAUCACGUGGCAGUGGCAUGCUUCGUCACCAGGCGUCUUCGUCGUCCUCCUUCAACGUCCACGACCCCCACGCCAAUGCGACGUCGUCGUCCGGUAUCCCGAUGGACCUCGACCCUGGUACGAGUGGUCCACCUUCCCGUGCCGAGACACCCGGUCUCGAUGCAAAGGCUGGCGCAGGAGCAGGAGGACAGCCAGGCAACACCUCACAACAAACAUCGGGCACUGCAUCGGGUGGUAGUAAGGCAAUGUUCCAGUACGGGGAUUGGUUCGACAAGUACCCACACGGCGUGAGCGAGAGUGAGUGGGAAAAGAGUCACCUCGAGUACAGGCGCGAGGCGGGCACCGCCGAGGCUGUCAUGUCGCAGCGCAGCGACCUCCAGAGCGUCGAGGAGUUCUUUGCGAGUCUGAGUCCGCCUAGCAAGGCCGACGACGGGCCUGGCGGGCAGAGGGGCAAGAAGAUUGCGCGACGGCGCGGGAAGAGUGUGGCGGAAAACAAGAAGGACACGAAAGGUACUGCUGGGAACAAUGCUUCAUCUACUGCUGCUGCUGGUAACACCGCCGAAACUUCUACUUCAACCUCUACCGCUGGGCCUGGACAGGCACAACAGCCAUCACAGCAACAGCAGCAAGGAAGGCCACGGUUACCAAGUAAUGCGACAGAAGUCAACAUCAGCCAACCAUUCAACCCAGCCGAUUUCGACAUCACGUCCCCGUCUCUAUAUCAAACGCCCCAGAUUGGCGGACAGCCUCAACAAGGCCAGCCCGAUCCCUUUGGCUUCGACAAUCUCCCGCACAUCAAUAUAAACUGGAUCAACACCCUUCCGGCGAUUGAUCGACAAAUGGUCUUUGGUGCUUAUUCAGGCGUAGACCCAUCUUCAGAGACAGCGAACCAGGCCACCGCUGGCUUGGGCCACCUCGACGACAACUCCACGUCUAUGGACACAUAUGGCGGCAAUGCAAAUCCAUGGGAGCAGCUGGACUUGAACGGGUUCGGGUAUAAUGAUCCUCUUGCGGGUGGAACCAACAUGAUGGACACAGGCUCUUCGGCUUGGUUGUUGCCGUUCAACAUCGAGCCUCCAAACUAUGGUGGUGGCAUGGAGGAUUUUGGGAAUACCGCUCUUGAUGGUAUGGAUUUUGGCGAUAUGUCAGUCGCUGGAGGAGGCAUUGGGAGUGACAACGGCUCUCAGUACCCAGACCAUACCUCUGGGGGUUGAGGAGUAUUGAGGGCAGAAGUACUGG